AAUCCAUACGCGCCUGAUCCCGAUCCUAACAUGGAGAUUGAAUUGUAUGAGCGCACUUGGGAGCAGAAUGAGGGCCUGGGUAUAAAUGACAUGGUGCUGGAAGAAUAUAAUGAGGAUAAAGAUUGA